GCCGCUGGCUAGACGACCUCCUUCUUUCUUCUCUUUUCCUCCUCCAGUGCAUUGACUGUCUGGAACAUUUCCCUGCAUCCUAUUUUUCAUUUGGCUAUUUCUAAAAUUGGCUGGUCCAAUUGUCUUGUCCCCGCUGCGCAUCGUAUCAUUAUUGCAUCACCACCUUGGUUUAUUCUUUGCCCAAUAUCGGCAGUCUGCCAAUACCUUGACCACCUGUUACCCAACGACGUCGCUCUCAAUUCGACACUUAAUCAUUCCAAAAGCUUCUGGAAGCCAAACUUCUUCGAGUUCUUGAAAUAUCUGGGAAAUCACAAGGACUACUCCAUCAAGCCCAACGAUUCACCAAGUCAAAUAUACCCCAUUCGUUGUCACCGUCAACUAUAUCAAUAUCAACCAUGCUUUCCUCAAGAGCCGCAAAGCCAAAGUUGUCCCUCAGCAUCUCGACGACCUCGACCGUUCAGACUGGUCGUCCGUCACUGUCUCUCAAGUCCCCCUUGGGUCCUCUGCGCUCACCGGUGUCCCCGUCGCCCGUCAGCCCCACGGCACGCAACACCAGACUGAACCAGAGGGGGUACUCGACCAUGCAACAACCCACCUACGCCUACGUCAACUCUUCUUCUUCGAGGAGCAUCCUCAAGAAGAGUGGCAAACCGAUCGCUCCGGCCCGAAGACAGUUGUCCUUCUCGGAGACACCCGUCGUUCACUGCAUCACCCCGAUCGAGGACGAGGAGUACUAUGGCCAGUAUGCAAAGAUGCCCAAGGAAGAGCGGAGGUGGCAAAGAAGAUGAGAGAGAGGCGAAAGUAGUGGCUUUAUUCUAUGAGGGACUUUUUUUUAUUUGAUAUUACCUGACACCAAUGACAUGAUGAUGACUUGAUUAAAGGAUAAGAGAUGUAUGUGUGUGUGUGUGUGUGGCUUGACAACAACUUCAAGUUGGAACUACCUAAUGAUAUGAAAGAGCUUUUGAUGAUGUACGAAUUGAGAACAGAGAGAGAGAGAAACUCUCCCUCGAACCCCAGCAGGAACAAAAAAAGGAGACAAGAUAGCAGAUAGAUGUUUUUGGGGAAGACAGCCUUUUGUCGACCCAGACAAAAGCACACAGAAUAGGGAAUGCAAAGUCGCUCUUUAUCACCCA